UCAGGUGCCACCUAGUCGGGGCUCACUAUGUGGCUUCCCGAGCUCGGUCUACGGCCUCCUCGACAUCCAGUGUUCUCCAUCGUCGACCCCCACCGCCACUCCGCCAGGACCACCUUCCUCUCCACCAACGACGCUGCCGACCACCUGUCCGCCUUGGAUCCGUCCAUUCAAUGGGUGGCCGCUGCCGCAUCUGCUCGGAUCCGGCUGCUCGGUGGAGAUCCACGGCGGGAGGUCGAGGAGGUUGCUAAACCGGGAGGUCACCGCACUUCAUGGUGGUGGUGCUCCUCGUCGUUGUCCUCCAGCCCCUGCUGCUGAUGGUGCUACGGCCAGCUGCGGCCCCUCCUCCCCCGACAUCGCAGACCCAACAGAUCGAAGUGGCGUGGCCCGAGCAGACAGUUCAUCUCAUGGCGGCGCGGCGCAGAGGAAGGCGUGCGGGGAACGGGGAGGGGCGGAGAAGGGGUAGGGUGAAGAAGGGGUCGAGCGGGAGCAGAAGGAGAUCAAGGUCGUGGGGGCGGGGGAAGACGAAGGUGGAGGGGGAGGAUGGUUCUUUCGUGCUCAACAUCGGGUGGUCGGCGUUGUGGUUCCUGACGAGAGAUGCAGCCCGUGAGCUCCCUGAAUGUUGCUUCUUGGUGCACAACAGCUUGAUUAGCUGUAAAAAGUAGUUGUUCUUUUGGACUUGGUCUCUGAACGCCGGGUGUGUGAGGUUGUUGUGUAUUCUUCGCCUGUGCACUGUAAUACAUAAUUUAGCCAGCAGGAAGGUGGGUUCAGUUCAGCUCUUUUCUUGCAGUAGUAUAUUUAUAUUCAGUGCGACGCCGUGUCAUCACUGGAAAGCAACUAGAACGAUGUCAUCAACGAGAAGCCAUGCAAAGUUGCACAACCAUGUUUUUUUAAGUUGCACAUCCACUGUCAAGCAGUUGGCCAAAGCAAUUGUCGAAGUUGCACACUCUCGUCCGUGUAGUCACACACGCAUAGUCAUGGAGGUGCACACGCGUUGGCAUAGACGCACGUACAUAGUCGCGCAUGUGCGGUCAUGUAAAUCAUGUUCAUGCUGUGUGUGUGCGCGCGCGCGCGUGUGUGUGGUGUUUUUGAUUGCACACUCAUAUGUGCCCAGUUGUCAAGAGUAUGCAUUUGUACUGGAGUUUGCAAAUCAAAAUGGUACAUAUCCUAGUUGGCUUAGCCAAAAUUAUGCAGUUACAUAGGUAAGGGCUAUCUAGUUGCACAGUUGACGGCUAGUUUAGUUUUGGCUCCGGUGCCUAAAUCAUGUUAGGCAGUGUGUAUGCUGAUUUUUUUAAUUGCACACUCAUGUGUGCCCAGUUGGCCAUACAGCAUAUCAAGUUGCACACAUUCAUUUUGUUUUAUAGGUGUGCUUUGGAAAAUUAUCAUGAGUUGCUUACCUCAUGACAUUUUUUAUAUAAAUUGUUUUUUCCCAUUUUUCUUCUAUGCAUUUGGUUGCUUCGACUAAUUUGUUUGUUUGCUUUUUU